CAAACGUUAUACUUCCUUGCUACUGAUAAUAUGAUUACUUGCCAUCUUCAAUCUGAACCGGAAGCAUUUUUCACGACUAUGCAUAUAUUGUCUGCAAUUACACUCCCAGUAGACUUAUUCGGUGUGUACUGUAUCGUCAAAAAAUCACCGCCAUUUAUGAAGGAUUACUCACGAUUACUGCUUGUAUACCAAAUAUGUGCAACAGUAACUGAUACAUUUACGAAUAUGCUAUUCAUACCGGUGGCAUUCUUCCCAUUUCCUGUUGUCUACCAUGCUGGCGUGCUUUUUUCAUACAGAUAUUUAAAAUAUUCUUAUAUGUUUAUCACAUGGUUAUGCCUUGUGGUAACAACAAUGGGUGCUAUUGUACAGUUGUUUGUAUUCCGAUGGCAGUCUCUGCUUAUGAAUGAUCAUCCCCUGCGACUUGAUAAAAAAUAUCUCAUUCUCAUAUGCAGUAUAAUGUUCGUUGUAACUAAUGGUGCUGUAGUGAUCGCUGGAUUUUCUAUGCCAAAUCGGCGUGAAGAACUCAGGCCGAUCUACAUUCAGGUAAUGAUUACAAUGGAAUUUAAAAAUGUAAACUUGCCGUGGUCCAAAACCAGAUUGCAGUUGAAUAAAUUUUCUGCCAGAUUUGUUAAAAAAAAACUGUUUACGUUUAAGGAAUUUUCCUGUAUUGCCGAACUUGUGGAUCAACCUGGAAUACAGUACUUCCUGGCUUAUGAUUAUCGACGGCUCCUUCUAGUUGUAUGCGUUGAAGGCUUAUUUGUGAUUCUGGUUUCGUUUAUUCUAGUUUAUUUGACGUUCCGAAACUUCCGCUUCACAAAUGUCACACAAAAAACAAUCGACUUGCAAAAGAGAUAUCAAAAAUCUCUGAUUGUUCAGGUAAAUCUAGUGUUGUUAUUCUGUUGA